CAGCACUCCGGGCCCGGGGGGGGACAGCCCCCGCGCCGCUGCCGCCACCACCGCCGCCGCCGCCACCGGCACUGGCAGACGCUCGCCGCGCGCCGCCGCCCGGCCGCUGUUUGCAGACGCUCCCAGAAGCCCCCGGUGUGGCGGCCCGGCCUCCCGCGGCGAUGGGCACGGCUGAGCCCCCCAACUUCUCGUGGGUGGCGCGGGGGCGCCUGGCCGGGCUGGCCAUGCCGCGGCAGCCGGGCCACUACCAGUUCCUGCUGGGCCAGGGCGUGCGGCACCUGGUGUCGCUCACGGAGCGGGCGCCGCCGCACCACGGCUCCUGCCCCGGGCUGCAGCUCCACCGGCUCCGUGUGCCCGACUUCAGCCCCCCGACGCACGAGCAGAUCCAGAGCUUCCUGCACCUGGUGGAGGAGGCCAACAGCAAGGGGGAGGCCGUGGCAGUGCACUGCUUGCUGGGGAACGGCCGCACGGGCACCAUGCUGGCCUGCUACCUCGUGAAGGCCCAGAAGAUGAGCGGUAUCGACGCCAUCCAAGAGAUCCGGAGGCUCCGGCCCGGCGCUAUUGAGACGUACGAGCAGGAGAAAGCUGUGAUCCAGUUCUACCAGCGCAUUAAGUAGGUGCAGCCCCAUCUCCACAUGUCUGAUCACCGUGCCGCGCCAGGGCCACGCUCAGCAGAGCAUUUUUUUGCUGGACACAGCAAGCUGGAGGGACAUUGUUGGUGGGAUCUGCCCCGCUGUGGGGCUGGCAAGGUUGGAGAGGAGGCACAAGGGUCACUGUCACUCCCAAGGCAGCAUGUGCAGGACAGAGAUGAGUGGAGAUGGUCGCUCUGUCGGGCCGGAAAAUGGAGGGGGAGCCUUUUCCAGCUCCGAGGGGCUGCUGUCUGUCCUGACUGUCAUUAAAGGACUCUCCUGUG